AUGCAUCAAUUCAAAUGUUUUAAUUCCGAUGAAAAAGAAAAGGCGCAAUUUUAUUACAAACUACAUGAAUGGGACAAGGCGAUCCCAUAUGACACAAUAAUCAAGGAUUUGUUUUUAGAGCUCAGUGAGGUCAUCGGUGGCUACCCGUACUGCAGAUAUGACAAUACCGCAUUGUCCAUCGCAUUAACAAGCAUCUCAACUCGGAUUGCCCCACCAAUACAAGCCUUUCGCAUGUUCAUAUCUUUUCUAUUCCCGCUUGACUAG